AAGGUUCACCUGAAGAAAUGAUUCACUGAGAAACAGAGAGUAUAAUUUUAGAUCUUAUCUGAUUAGUUGUGCUUCAGUUCCAGGAGGGCUGAAGUUGGCAUAACCAAUUUCUGCUGCUUCAAGUCCUGAAAAAUGGAGACUGGUGAAUUACACAGACUCGGUAGUAUAAGGCUAAGUAGUACUGGUGAAUUACACAGACUCAGUAGUGUAAGGCUAAGUAGUUCAAACUUAUGGACAAACACAGGCAUGGAAAUCUUUUCGAGGUCUAGUCGAGAAGAAGAAGAGGAUGAAGAAGAAGCACUAAAAUGGGCUGCUUUAGAGAAACUUCCAACAUUCAAGCGUGUACAAGUUGGUAUACUUAAAGAAGAAGAGGGUCAUCACAGGGAAAUUGAUAUCAAGAAGCUUGGCCCUCUAGAGAAAAGGAACAUAGUUGAGAAGUUAGUGAAAACUGCUGAGGAAGAUAAUGAAAGAUUUCUUUUGAAGCUCAGAGAACGUAUUGACAGAGUUGGUAUUCAGCUUCCAACUAUUGAAGUUCGGUUUGAGCAUUUAAACAUUGAAGCAGAAGCUUAUGUUGGCAGUAGAGCUCUGCCUACAGUAUUUAACUUCUCUGUCAAUAUUUUAGAGGGUUUGUUGAACAAUCUCCAUAUUCUUCCAAAGAGAAAGAAACCGUUUGUGAUACUGCAUGAUGUCAGUGGAAUUAUCAAGCCUGGAAGAAUGACACUGCUAUUAGGCCCCCCAAGUUCUGGGAAAACAACAUUGUUGUUAGCUAUGGCUGGAAAAUUGCAAUCUGAUCUGCAGGUUUCUGGGACUGUAACAUACAAUGGCCAUACAAUGGAUGAGUUUGUUCCUCAAAGGUCUUCAGCUUAUAUAAGUCAACAUGAUCUUCAUAUAGGUGAAUUGACAGUGAGAGAAACAAUUGCCUUUUCUGCGAGAUGUCAAGGAGUCGGACCUCGUUAUGAACUGAUGACAGAAAUGCUGAGAAGAGAAAAAGAAGCAAACAUUAAGCCUGACCCCGACAUUGAUAUUUACAUGAAGUCUUUGGCACUUAUAGGGCAAGAGUCCCAUGCUGCUACAGAUUAUGUUCUAAAGAUCUUAGGACUUGAUAUCUGUGCUGAUACUCUUGUGGGAGAUGAAAUGAUACGAGGGAUCUCAGGAGGACAGAAAAAACGUGUCACAACAGGGGAAAUGCUGGUUGGACCAUCAAGGGCACUUUUCAUGGAUGAGAUAUCUACUGGUUUGGAUAGUUCAACAACUUUUCAGAUUGUCAAUGCAAUGAAACAAUACAUCCACAUUCUCCAAGGAACCGCUGUAAUCUCACUGCUGCAGCCUGCACCAGAGACUUAUGACCUAUUUGAUGAUAUAAUUCUACUAUCAGAUGGGGAAAUUGUGUAUCAAGGACCCCGUGAGAAUGUGCUUGAAUUCUUUGAACACAUGGGUUUUAAAUGCCCAGAGAGGAAAGGAGUUGCUGAUUUCCUCCAAGAAGUCACAUCAAACAAAGAUCAAGAGCAGUAUUGGUUUCGGAGGGAUGAACCUUUCCACUUUAUUUCUGCUAGGGAAUUUUCAGAAGCAUGUCAAUCAUUCCAUGUUGGACUGAAACUAUAUGAUGAAAUUUCUGUACCUUUUGACAAAUCCAAAGGACACCCUGCAGCUCUAACAAGUAAGCAAUAUGGAGUUGGCACGAUGGAGCUUCUGAAGGCAUGUGCAUCAAGAGAAUACCUGCUCAUGAAAAGGAAUGCAUUUGUUCACAUAUUCAAGAUGGCACAGCUUUUUCUCAUGGCAAUCAUUGUCAUGACUAUGUUUCUGAGAACUGAGAUGCACAAAAAUACAGUAAAUGAUGGUGGAAUUUUCCUGGGUGCUCUGUUUUUCACUACUGUUGCACUAAUGUUUAAUGGAUUCUCAGAGGUUCCCCUCAGUAUACUGAAACUUCCAGUGUUCUACAAGCAACGUGACUUUCUCUUCUUCCCUGCCUGGGCAUAUGCUCUUCCCACAUGGAUCCUCAAGAUACCAAUCACCCUUGCUGAAGUUGUUGGUUGGGUCUGUUUGACUUAUUAUGUUGUUGGAUAUGAUCCUGAGGUCGGAAGGUUUUUUAGACAAAUGUUUCUUCUCAUUUGCAUUCAUCAGAUGGCUUUAGGACUCUUUCGGUUUAUGGCUGCUAUAGGAAGAGAUAUGAUAGUGGCAAACACGUUUGGGUCAUUUGCAAUACUUGCAGUUCUUGUACUAGGUGGAUUUAUAUUAUCAAGAGAAAACAUAAAAGCCUGGUGGAUAUGGGGUUACUGGAUCUCGCCUUUGAUGUAUGGGCAAAACGCUAUUGCUGUAAAUGAAUUUCUAGGAAAGAGCUGGAGACAUGUUCCUACUGGCUCAAGAGAGACACUAGGCGUAUCACUCUUGAAGUCUCGUGGUAUAUUUGCAGAAGCGCAUUGGUAUUGGACUGGAGUAGGAGUUCUGGUUGGAUAUAUGUUUCUAUUCAAUUUUCUGAACAUAUUGGCUCUGACAUACCUCAAACCGAUGGGGAAACAUCAGGCAGUACUGUCUGAAGAACAGUUACCAGAGAACAGUGCAAAAAAAGGAGAGGUUAAUGUAUUGUCAUCAGAAGGGAAGAGCUCUUCUGAAGGACGUACCAAUGCUGGAGAAACUAUUUUAUCAAGGUCCAGGUCCAAAGGUACAGGCAGCCCUGAUCAAUCUAACUCAAAGAGGAAGGGAAUGGUUCUACCAUUUGAACCCCUUUGUAUGACUUUUGAAGAUUUGAGAUAUGCGGUAGAUAUGCCACAGGAGAUGAAAGCUCAAGGUAUUCCAGAAGACAGGCUGGUUCUUUUGAAAGGUGUCAGUGGUGCGUUUAGACCAGGAGUUCUAACAGCUUUGAUGGGUGUUAGUGGGGCUGGUAAGACCACUCUGAUGGAUGUCUUGGCUGGUAGAAAAACAGGUGGAUAUAUUGAAGGAACAAUCACUAUAUCUGGGUAUCCAAAGAAGCAAGAAACAUUUGCUCGUAUAGCAGGAUACUGUGAACAAUUUGACAUUCACUCUCCUCAUGUUACUGUAAAUGAGUCCUUGCAAUAUUCUGCAUGGCUACGACUGCCUCGUGAAGUUGAUGCUGAAAUGAGAAAGAUGUUCAUUGAAGAAGUCAUGCAGCUAGUGGAGCUGACCCCUCUGAGGGAAGCACUAGUUGGAUUGCCAGGAAUAAAUGGUCUUUCAACUGAGCAACGAAAGAGGUUAACUAUUGCUGUGGAACUUGUUGCCAACCCAUCCAUUAUUUUCAUGGAUGAGCCAACAUCUGGGCUGGAUGCUAGGGCAGCUGCAAUAGUGAUGAGAACAGUGAGAAACACAGUGGACACAGGCCGAACUGUUGUGUGCACAAUACAUCAGCCAAGCAUUGAUAUCUUUGAUGCUUUUGAUGAACUAGUGCUCCUAAAGCGGGGAGGAGAAGAAAUAUAUGUUGGCCAAUUAGGACCCCACUCAUUUCAGCUAAUCAAAUACUUUGAGGAGAUCAAUGGAGUUAGUAAAAUUAAAGAUGGUUACAAUCCUGCAACUUGGAUGUUGGAGGUAACUUCUGUUGCACAAGAAGCAGCUCUUGGUAUUGAUUUUGCUGAAGUGUACAAGAGUUCAGAACUCUAUAGGAGAAAUAAAGCACUUAUCAAGGAGUUGAGUUCACCUGCCCCGGGUUCCAAAGAACUAUACUUCCGGACGCAGUAUUCUGAAUCGUUUUACAUCCAAUUUCUUGCUUGCCUCUGGAAACAGCACUGGUCAUAUUGGAGAAAUCCACGAUACACUGCUGUUCGUCUUUUUUACACAACAAUUAUUGCUUUAAUGUUUGGAACAAUUUUCUGGGAUCUUGGCACCAAAAGGAGGAAGCAACAAGAUCUUUUCAAUGCAAUGGGCUCAAUGUAUGCUGCUGUCCUGUUUAUGGGUGUACAAAAUGCUACAUCAGUUCAGCCUGUUGUGGCUGUUGAGAGAACAGUUUUUUAUAGAGAAAGAGCUGCAGGAAUGUACUCAUCUCUUUCAUACGCUUUUGCGCAGAUGGCUAUUGAGCUGCCUUACGUUCUAAUUCAAGCAGUCAGCUACGGAACUAUAGUUUAUGCCAUGAUUGGAUUUGAAUGGACAGCUACCAAGUUCUUUUGGUAUCUGUGUUUCAUGUACAUCACCUUGUUAUACUACACAUUUUAUGGGAUGAUGUCAGUGGCAGCAACACCUAACCAUAAUAUUGCUUCAGUAGUAUCAUCAGCUUUCUAUGCAAUAUGGAAUCUUUUCUCAGGAUUUUUGAUCCCUCGAACGAGAAUUCCAGUGUGGUGGAGAUGGUACUACUACAUCUGUCCUGUCUCUUGGACAUUGUAUGGACUACUUGUUUCACAGUUUGGGGAUGUAAAAGAGGAGCUUGAAACAGGUGAAACAGUGGAACAAUUUAUGAGGAGUUACUUUGGAUUUAGACAUGACUUCUUGGGAUAUGUUACACUAAUCCUGUUGGGAUUUGUAGCUAUUUUUGGCUUCACUUUUGCCUUCUCAAUCAAGUCAUUUAACUUUCAGAAAAGGUAAGAGCUCUGAAGCAACAAGACAGACUCAAGGCAACUUUCUGAGAAAGUGGCUUACUUGAGCAGGCACUUUCCCUUCUUAGACUCAAAAUAAUACUACUACUUUCAUGGAAUGAAAAUAUAUGUUAACUUUUGUUCUU